GCAGUAGACACGCGUUCACUACGAGUUUUUCGAGUGCAAUAAUCGACGAUUUUGUAACGCGAAAAUAGCAAUUUCUGCUCAUUAUUUUUAAGCGAAUGACGUAUAUCUUCAAAAAAAGGUACCAAAAGAAUGUAAUACAAUAAAAAUAAACGUUAACCGGUCUUAAACAACGCGGUAAAACAACCAAAUUGUUAGUGACAAUUAACCAGCCAAAUUACACGCUAUUCUACUAAUUGUGCCGUGUAUGUUCCAGACGUGUUCCAGAGCCAUGGAAAGGAGUCCAAACAAAAAGAAAAGUGCCUCGGGCUUGGGCCAUUUAUUGAACGAAAGAACGAUCAAAACACCGACGUUCGUGUCCCCCAUUUUACAGCAAGUUGGCAAAUUGGCCGCUAGUGUCGCCACAGUCGGAUCGGAAUUAUCAAGCAAAGGCUCAGCAACAGGGAAUCCCCGUAACAAAUGCGCCCUUCAACCCGGACAUUCUCUUAUGGACUGGAUCCGACUCGGCGCGUCCGGAAAGGAUCUCACCGGGCUGGGACCUCAGGCAGGCCGGCUUUUUGUCACCAAGCAGGAGCUGGCCAAGCACAGCAAAAUCGACGACAUUUGGCUGGCUAUCAGAGGACGAGUGUACAACGUCACCGAAUACGUACCAUUCCAUCCGGGCGGACCGGAGGAACUGAUGAAAGGGGCCGGGAUCGAUGCUACCACUAUUUUCGAUCAGGUCCAUCCGUGGGUGAACUACGAACAGAUCCUGCAAAAGUGCUUGGUGGGGAACCUAGUUUCGGUGGAACCCAACGUCGAUACCGAGAGGUUAUUUUUUGGUUCAGCCACUGGUACUAAAGUUGCCGCUGAUGCGGAAAAAUUAGAUGAAAACGACACCAAUAAAAAUACCGCGGAGCCCGAACGGCCGUCGAUCGAGGAGAACGAGGAUCCGACGAAACGGGAAUCGGAAGAACCGCCAAUUUCGCUGCCCAGGUUCGAUUGGAUACAAAAACUGGACUAUAUCACGGCGAUAUUCUACUUGGGCGCCUUCGCUAAUCCUCUGGUGGAGGUCCUUCCGCCGAAUUCCGAUCACCAAGUCGACGUUUCGGUUACGAUAGGCGGAAAAGUGUACAAGAACGAAUUGGCCUUUCACGAGAACGUCCAAUGGCCGUGUUCGAUCAAAAUGACGUGGGAGACCGGUAAAUUGGAGCUGGUAUUCAAAAAAUCGUCGAGCCGUAUUUGGGAGAACUACGGGAAAUUGGUACAAAGUUCGUCGGACGUUUCCAACAGCAAGAUGAAAUUCGAUUGCGUGUUGAAGAAGAAAGUCCAAGUUAAUCAUAACAUUUACCUGCUGGGUUUGGAACGGAACGACGGAGGUCGAAUGGUCGUUCCUGUUGGAAAGCACGUUAGAGUUUUCGUUAACGUAGAAGGUCAAGAAAUAUCGAGGAGUUACACGCCCGUCCCGACGAGCCUCUUCGACGCCAUCGCCCUGAACGAUUCGACGCCCGACGAAAUUUGCCUUAUGAUCAAACGGUACGAGGCCGGCCUCGUCAGUUCGGCCGUGACGAAGAAGCAGCCCGGCGAUUCCGUCCGUUUGACCAAACCCCUCGGAGAUUUCGAUUUGAAGAGGAUAGAAAAGAGGGAGGCCUUUCUGCUGUUGGCCGCCGGUACGGGGAUCACCCCCAUGCUGUCGUUGCUCGUCUGUUUGCUCGAAAGGAGGGUGAAGAAGUGUCAGUUUGCGAGGUUGCUCUUCUUUAAUAGAAAAACCGAAGACAUUCCUUUCAAAGAGCAGCUCGAUAAAUUAGAAAUGGCCGACUCUAGGUUAAAAAUCGACCACGUCCUAUCGGAACCAGGAACAGAUUGGAUCGGUCCGAGAGGACACAUCAACAAAGAAAUGAUAAACGUCGCCAUCCAGCAACACAUCAAAGAUACCGGUUACACGAUACGCGAUCUAUUCGUCUUCGUUUGCGGACCAAAUCAAUUUUUGAAUUUGUCGCUCGACGAGCUGCAAAGUUUAGAGAUUUCGAACGAUCAAAUACACGUUUUUAGCGGAUAGCACGGAGACGGGGCGCGUCCUCCUCGUCGAUUUAUCCACUGCGAUAAUUAUUAUGGUAACGAUUCACAUUCCGAAGAGAUGUCCCAUGUCGAUGGAACGAACGUUUCCGAUUUCGUUUUCGACGUUUUCAAUUUUGUCGGGUUAAGGUGUUGCUAGAAAUAAAGUUGUUUUCGUUUUAAUUUUU